GGUGGGGCGAGGCCGCCAGAUGUUGGGGCAGCGCCGGCGGCGGCGGCGGCGGGAGCGAGGAGCGGCGGCGCUGGGCAGAGGUGAGGGCGCCGCUGGCCCGCGGCCCCCCCUCCCCCCGGCCGCUCCCGCCGGAGUUCGCAGGGGACCCGGCAGGCCUGGCGGGGGCCCCGGCGCGGGAUGCACAGCGCUCGGCUUGACAGCUUCCUGGGCCAGCUCCGCGGGGAACUGCCGUGUGGCCGGGACACGGGCUCACCCCCAAUGCCUGGCCCCCUUCCGCCACCCCCCAAACCCGGCCCGGGGCUCCACCCCCGGCUCAGGGCCUCAGACGCCUUGGAAGAGGACUCGGUCUGCGGUGCGGAGGAAGAGGAGGAGGAGGGCGUGGUGGCCGGGGACAGCCGGGGGGCCUGGGAGGGCCCGGGGGAGCCCGCCGUGGACUGGGACUCGGGCUUCUCCGAGGUGUCGGGCAGCACCUGGCCAGAGGAAGGGCCGCCUGCCCUCCGGCGCCCUGCACCCCCCGCGUGGCGCCCCCACAGACAGCGCCUCUCCGCCAGCGGCCUCCCCCUGCCCGGCGGGGCCCCCGUGGCCAGGGCGCCCCCUGCCCACCGGCCACGGCCCAAGUCCACCCCGGACGCCUGCCUGGAGCACUGGCGGGGCCUGGACGCCGAGGACUGGACAGCGGCCCUGCUGAGCAGGGGCCGGAGCCGCCAGCCCCUGGUGCUGGGCGACAACUGCUUCGCCGACCUGGUGCACAACUGGAUGGAGCUGCCCGAGGCGGCCGGCGAGGGGGACCGCGCCGGGGCGCCCCGUGCCCGCGCUCGGCCCCCCCAGUUCUUGCUGGGCCUCUCCGAGCAGCUGCGGCGCCAGCUGGCCAGGGCCCGCCGGGCAGCGGUGGCGGGGAAGCGCCUGUCGUGCCCGCCUCGAGCCGAGCCCGAGCUGCCCGCGGACGCCUCCCGCUUCGCCGCCCUCAUGAGCUGCCGCAGCCGCCAGCCCAUCAUCUGUACCGACGUGGUCAGCUACCUCUGACCCCGCCCCGCCCCCGCCCGGACAAUAAAGACCUCGCUCCGGA